GGUGCAAGUAUUACACACAGACCAAAACGGUGGUGUCAUUUCAGGAAGGAAAAGAGACCUACAAAAGAGCGUUCUCCAUGGGCGAAGAAUCAGAUUUGUUUUGAAUAAUACUUACCACAAUUCAGCUGAGUUCGAUAUGUGCAGAAAGGUCGAUACAGAUGCUUGCUGUCAGUCUAUGCCACAUGUCUCUGUCCAUAACGAAGAUGACUUCGAUCCAUCCGGGUCCUGGUCGUUUAUGAUGGUGUGUUCCACAGGGCAUAUACAGAUGAAAACAUAUUUCGUUGGUGGCAAGGCUAAAUCUGAUAAAACCAUAAAAACCGCAAUAAUGUGGUUUGCAUUGCAAAAGGAUAAAAUACGAUAUCCAUCACCAGUUUUUGCAAGUGGAUACAAAGGAAAUGUUUCUGUCAAGAACACAGACGCGCUUGCUACAAAUAUUCUUCAAGGGUCUUCUAUUGCUAUUUUCUGCAUUAGUAGCAUAUUUUAUACUGCCAACUGCGAGGUGCUACCGAGAAAACAUCCUAAACCAAGAGAAAUCAGUUGCGAGGCUAUUUGGGUCGUUAGUGACUAUCAAUACGGUAAUCAUUACAUAUUUAAGAACAAUGCAUACUGGUAUUUUCUAAUUCUAACGUCUUUAGAUUCAUAUUACCAAAGUAGAUGGUAUAUUGGGAAUAACAGGUUGAUCUUCCACAACCGUAAGCAUUUUAAAAUGAAAUGGUUUGUCGAUGACUGUUGGACCACGCUGCAUGUCUCUGAGAGAAAUGGAUCUCUUAGUAACACAUUGAUGCAUUUAAAAUUUUUUGCUGACUGUGGACAUUCCGUCAAAGUUAAAUUUGAUAACACAAUAAUGGAGGCAGAAGGUAUCCGAAGCUCAGGUGAUCACCUGUCAGUGUUUUUGGUAUCAUCCUUGUCCAAAAGAAAUGCAGAGUACUUUAGAGAGGAUCUAAACUGGGAGUUCAGGGUCGUGAGUACUACAGGAACUAUUAGGACAUAUCGUCCUCUUGUGGGGGCAUCGAACGUCACUCAUAAGACAGCUACAAUAGAGAGGAAGCCAAUAACCUGGUUUGUGGAUACAAAGAAGUGGGACCUUGUGUUGCACACUCUAAGGAAUACUUCAGUUGUGAGCGGUUCGAUCUUGGCAGUGAGAUAUGCCAUAGCUCAUGGUGCAGAAAUCAGAAUAGCUUUCCGAUUUUCUAACGACUCCGGAUUUCGCAUCUAUAAAGCACACAACAUUCACCUUGGACCCGAGCAUCACGUUACAGCACAGGUUGUACGUGCUCUGAAAGAAUACGAAGUAGGGAAUGAGAACUUUCGACUUGAUGAUAAUCCAUGUUGGUAUUUCAAACUAAUAUCUACCAAAGGGUAUGUUGUUAGCACUGAAUGGGCCCUGAAAGGUGUGAUCAAUCACGGUCAAAGGUCGGAUAAAGCAGAGAUAAAGUGGUUUGCAAACCUUUAAAAAAGGAUGACUUACACUCCCUGUUAUUCAUGCGUAUUCUUCUAUGUAUACAUAAAUCAGUGUAGGACACUUCCAUGUUCUGGUUGACAGCCUCUGCCAGGAGAACGGAACAUCGAUCGUUCUACCCCCGUGCUGUGUCAUACCAAAAGAUGGUACACUGUCUGCCAUUAACACCUUAGACAUGUUGUUGGAUGUAUCAAGAAAUUGUUAUAUUUGUAGCAAAGGUUUGACAAGUGAGGUCAAAAUAAGAUCAGCCACUGAUGCCGCCGUCAAAAGGUGAAACUGAUAAGUUACCUAUUUGUUUGGGUGAAAUUUAUGCUGCUUUUUGCAGUAUUCCAGUUUUAUCAAGACGGGAAACACCACUAAAGGGUUCUUUAUAAUAUGAUGUUUAGGGAUGUUAAAAUCAAGUCGUCUCAGUGAUGAACAAAGAUAGCGAGACCUUAAUUAGUGUAAGAAAGCUGCUCACAAGUAACUAACAGCAGUUUGUUAACGAUACUGGAGCACUGUACUCUUUUAUAUGUCAAAUUAUAAAGGUGCGGAAAACUAUCAGGCAUGUUCAAAUGACUGGCAAUUAGCCUUUCUCUUUCUGACACGUGAGAAUUUGAGAAUUCUGAAGUGGAUACAUAUAUCGAUAUGGCUUCAAUGUGAGAAAAUGGCAGAUUGUUUUAACUUCAAGUGAGCAUCUAAGACGUGGUCAUGCUCAUAUACUAGGAAAAGGCUUCAUAAAAAUACCAAAGUCGAAUGAGGCGCCUUAUUUGCUUUAAAGAGUUGCUUAAU